GCGUGCUGUACCUAUACUGGCCGGCGUCUCGCGAAAAGGAAUCUGUCUCCUCGAAGUCACUCCGUAGUGUGCCGACGCCAUCGCCAAAAGGACUCCGUAACCGACCAUGUUUACGCCCAUGUCAUUCGGCCUCUUGGCUUUUGCAAGCCUGCUCGUUCUGUGCAGAGGUCAGGUGUUCCCCGAUGGCUGCACGCUGCAGGACCAGUGCUACGAGUCAGCAGCCGCAGAGGCCCUCGAGCUUGUUGAGAAGCACGACCAGAUUAUCCCGCUCUGCGAAGCACUGAAGAAUGACACUGGGUUCCAGAACUGUGCGGUUGCGUACGGAAACGACAGCUGCGACACCAAUCCGUGGACGGGACCCGCGAAUGCCUUUGUGGAGAGCCUCUGCAGCGAGGACAACCUGCGUAUCUUCUCCGCGGCUCACUCGCCUCACGGCCAAUGCUUCCAUCUGAACUUCGCCGUCGAGUGCGCGGCCAAGGCUCUGGUCCAGUACGAGAGCAUCGGGAAAUUCCUGCGAUCGGAGCGCAACGAGAGCGUGUGCAGCACCGUUUCGACGGAGCUACGACGCUGCGCGGCAGGCGUCUACGAAGGCUGCACCCAGAAGGAAUCCAUACGGACAGCCCUCAAUGGCGUGAUGGGCGCCCUGCUUCACUCCGUUGGCUGCCAGGACAGCAAGGAUGCAGAGGGCCCUCACAGUGGUGACCAGCCUCCCACGCCACAGGCGCCGUCAUCCUCGGGCAGCAGCGACUGCGAGACCCGGAUGACGCACGUGACGGCUUGCCUGCGCGAAAUCCUCAGCCCCAAUACUGUCGCCAACGAGCUCCUCGAGAAAGUACGCACCCAACCCAUGGACUACGACGAGACCUUUUGCAGGACCUACGAGAAUGUAAUCGAGUGUAAGAAGAACAUCCUUAACAGUGACUGUUACACCAAGGCAGCCAGAAGUGCCCUGGAGCGGAACAUCAAGGCCUUCGACACGGCACGUAGCUGGCUGUGUGACGACGGACAGGCAAAACUGCGUGAAUUUGCUGGGGGAUUUCAUGGCGACGGCUGCAACCCCAACGAUGAUGCCAUCAGCGAGUGCUCUAACACAUUCGUGCACAACGUUUCCCAAUCCGGGUCCGCUCUGUCUCCUGGUGCAGCGAACAAGCUGUUCCAGAACCAGCUGGACUGCAUCCGUGGCGAAUUCCAGACUUGCAAGGCCGACGGCGCUUCCCUGACUGUAGUUGACGGCUACCUGCGAACGGCGCGAACGGCGUUCGUUACCGUCGCAGUCUCCGGUGCGACCAAAUCAGCCGCGAGUGGCUCUUGCUUGCUGCCUUUCGUUCUCUACUUUGCACAAGCAAUGGUCAAACGUGUGGUGUCCGGAUGUUCGUAAGGCGCACGGAGGGAGAUGCGCAGCAUUACAUGAAAGAAGGCAGAGAACUGGUCUUAGAAAAGCUGUGAUCUCAACUAGUUUUUUGUGCAUAGAAAAAUGGCGUGGGGCGCGGAACACGCAUUAUUCCAGAAACUGCGUCUUUUCUUGCAAAACAACCAUAGUGUGUCCUCCAAAAUUUAUUGCACUCGUGACUACCACAUGUUUGCACACAGCUUUGCAAAACACUUCAGCGAAAGAGGGUUGACCUUAAUCUAUCUAGUCGUUCGCUGUGGCAUUUGAUUGUAUUCUCGCAGAGUUUUACGUAGAAAAAAUGUUCUGUGAGUAAAAACGUUGCACUCAUAAAAAAAUGGGUCAUUGUAGCACGCACCACGCAAGUUCAGUUCAAAUCACUCUACAUACGCAAGGCAUGUGCAGGAAAAAAUAAGCAAAAGGGCAUCAAAUAAACCCAUGCAGCCCUGUGUAAUAUUGGUGCUGCACCGUGAGUUAGCGCAUUUGUUCUGUGACUUUUCUGUUACCCAACUAGUAAAGUUAUCUGGAACAGUGCGCUUUAGUUUGGUCUUCCUAAGUACAGAAGUGACUAAGUUUCAUAUAAAGCAGAAUCACACAGAUAAUAAAAAGUUUUCGCGAAUUUAGAGAAUAGGGAAAAUAAGCAUGGCCCGGCUAGUGGUUGAAUCUAACUGGAGUUGUAACCUGAUAAAGUGCUCGAACCUAGUGUUCGAACCCAAUUCCGAAAUAAUUAUCUUAGGACCUUAAUCAUUACGGGCAGUGCUCACAGAGUUGGAUACGCCGUUCUACUUAGUACUUGUUUUUUGGAGCACUUCUGUGCAUAGAAAAAAAACUUACCAUCUUAAAGUAACAAAGUAAAAAUCAGAAAACAGCCUUGGUCGGUCGACUUGUUAGUUGCAGAAAAAGUUCAUUUUUUUUACGUGACAGGUUACCUAACUCUUUUUAGACGCAAUUGAGUGCUGCAAUUGCAACAUGCAAACGCGCAGUGAGUCAAGUUUUUUUUCUUUUUGAUAUAUGGUUAGCUUUCUUCAAAGACCCGGAAAAAAGAACCACGCAAAAGAUAAGAAGGUGAAAAUAACUUCGUUAGGUGCUUCUAAGCAUGUUCUGCAACUUUUGUAAUAUGACCUAUGCUCUAAAUUAGACAUUUAUAAUUUUUCACAAUAAAAGGUUUUUAAUGACCUAACAAAUAUACUUCAAAUAUAGUCUGUUUUACUCAAAAGUACUAGGAACAAUAAACGGUGUCUCAUUCGUAUAAUAUGUACCAAUAUAUCUUUAAAAUCAGCUACAAUUACCUGAAACACCGUAGAUGAGCUAUAUGUUCAACCUAGGCAAUAUAUAUGUAGUUUGAUGAAGUUGUCCCACUUUCAACUUUCCGUUUCGCAAGCACACCUACGAUGUACGGGCUAAGACCAAAUAUAUGUAUAUAGUCAGAAGCCUUCCAAAUUUAGACUGGUUGUUGCCGUUGCGAAAAUUUAUAUGUUUAAGCACAUGAAAUGGAAUAUGUGAUUACAAAGACCACGUGUUUGUCACAUAAAAACCCUCGCUUAAAGUUUCCAUGUCACGCGGUACGUACGAGCCGAACAGGAUUUUUGUGAAACCUUAUGUGUAUUGUUUAUUUUAAUGUUUUUAUUUUGAUUCUGUGUGCGUACAAUAUCUUCAAACUUCACUGCGUGUUUGUAAAUUAUAGUCAGAUUCUGCUGGAAGCACGGAAGUCUAGUUCUGUGACUUUUCUGUAAAGCCCUUUUCUGAGCUUGGCAAAUAAAAUAUUGUGCCCUAUU